ACUCGAGGUCGACGCGCCCCUCCGUCCGCUCCUUCGGUCCAAGUCCAGAUCAACGACCAGCGUUGAAAGGGGCAAAGAGGAACCCGAAAAUCUGUUUACUCAUCGGAAUCGUGGGGUUCUUCUGAAACCCAAGUUCUUCAAUCACCGAUCCCAUCCAAUCCAAUACCUUUCGAUCAUUGAUCUGCUCCCGGUUCCGGGCUCUUCGAAGAGAUUUGAAGAAGAAGAAGAAGAAGAAGAAGAAGAAGAAUCGCGGGUGAUGGAGAAGGUGAUGAACAUGAUAAAGCCCAAGGCAAACCCUCAACAGCAAUUGCGGGACUGGCAGCGUCGUCUUCGCCAGGAGUGCCGCAACAUCGAACGCCAAAUCCGAGAUAUCCAGAGGGAAGAGAAGAAUGUGCAGAAGGCGAUUAAGGAAGCUGCUAAGAGAAACGACAUGGGCUCAGCUAAGGCACUUGCUAAGGAAAUUGUGAUGUCCAAAAGAACAGUGAACCGUCUUUAUGAAAAUAAGGCACAACUGAACUCAAUAUCAAUGCACCUUGGAGAAAGUGUUGCAAUUGCUCGGACAGUGGGGCACUUAUCUAAGAGUGCUGAGGUUAUGAAGCUUGUUAAUGACCUUAUGAAAGCUCCUGAAAUGGCUGUUACGAUGAGAGAGUUCAGCAAAGAAAUGACCAAGGCUGGUGUGAUAGAAGAAUUUGUGAACGACGCGGUUGACACAGCUCUUGACACGGAGGACAUAGAAGAGGAGAUAGACGAAGAGGUUGAUAAGGUCUUGACAGCCAUGGCCGGUGAGACAGCUGCUCAACUUCCAGAGGCAGUGAGGAAGCAAAAGGUGAAGCAAUCUGCUCAACCUACUGCAGAAGAGGACGAGGCGGUAGCCGAGGUAGCUGAGGGUGUUGACGAUGAGGAAGAACUAGAACAAAUAAGAGCUCGCCUUGCAAAAGUUAGGUCUUAGCUCCAAUUUUUCUACUGUUACACACUUCGACAGUACAGGAGGCAGGGAAAGGAGCGGGCAAAAUCUAUUUAGCCUAACGUGGAAGGACCGCGGUACCUCUUUAUUGUAUUCUGAUUGAUGCAGAGGAGAUCCUAUAUAACACUUGACGGGUGAUGAAACAGUGUGUGAUGGUGUAUAAAUACGCGAGUUAUGUAUAAACUUGAGCUC